GCAACUCAACCAGCGUACUGGGAAUGUCUGGACCUGACAAUCAGCUGGUGGACGCCUGCAACGGCCCAUUAAACGUGGACAGCAUGGACAGCACGGACAUACUGAGGCCAAGUCAAAAGGAGUUGCUGGUGCUUGAUGGACAGGAGGCACCAAUGGUAUCGGUAGAUUUGGUGACGUCCGAUUUGCCUCACCAGAUUCCGCAUGAUGCAAUUCUGAAGACUUUCACUUUCCGGCCAGUGACCAUGCAA